AUGGUGGUGGGAAGUGGUCAACAAUUGAUGGUGUGUGAUAUUUGUGCAAUGAUGGGGCAUUAUACGGAUAAGUGUCCCACACUUGGAAGUGAACCAGAGGAUUUUAACGCCAUGGGAGGAUUUCAAGGUCAACCAAGACGCAUGGGAUUUCAAAACACCUACAACCCAAAUUGGAGGAAGAACCCAAACAACCCAUACCCACCAAAGCAAAACCCACAAAUUGUUAUGAUGAGACCCCAAUACCCACAAUACCCAUCACAAGAACCUCCAUAUCCACAAACAUCUCAUCCACCUCCAAAUUACCAACAACCUCAUCAACAAGGCCAAUCAAGUGGUAACCAUCAAAUGAGUCUUCAAGAACACAUUACUUAUCUUGCUCAAAGCCAAACUCAAUUUCAACAAGAUACCAAGAACACUUUCUCCAACACUCAAGCACAAAUUGGAGACUUGGCCACCGCUCUCAACAAGGUGGAACAAAGGGGCAAACUUCCUUCUCAAAUCGAGAAGAACCCCAAUGUGAGUGCAAUAACCUUGAGAAGUGGGAAAACACUUGGAGAAUGCAAACCUAAAAGAGUUUCAAGAGAAGAAGAAGAUGAAGUUAUUAUUAUUGAACCUCUGAAAGUUGUAGCUACUCCAAAGGACCCGAUUAUGCCAAACAUUGACCAACCCGACUCUUCCAACAAACCCAUCAAACCAUUGGUCAUACCACCACAUUUUCCUUCCCGUUAUGCAAAAUUCCUCAAGGAUUUGUGCACCAAGAAGAGGAAAUUCAAGGAAAAUGAAAAGAUUCAAGUCAAUGCAAACGUGUCUGCGGUUAUCCAAAAGAAGUUACAUCCCAAAUGCAAGGAUCCAGGAAUACUUGCUAUCCCUUGUACCAUUGGUGAUUUGCAUGUCGAAAGUGCCAUGUUAGAUAUUGGAGCCUCGAUCAAUGUGAUCCCAUAUUUGGUUUUUCAAUCUCUCAAUGUUGGACCUUUGGAAGAAACAGGAGUAAUCAUUCAAUUAGUGGACAAGUCAAGUGUGUCUCCAAGAGGAGUGUUGGAGGAUGUGUUUGUACAAGUUAGUCAACUAGUAUUUCUUACGGAUUUUUAUGUCAUUGAUCUUGAAGAGAAGACUCAUUCCAAAUCAUCUAUGAUCAUCCUUGGAAGACCUUUCAUGAACACUGCUCACACGAUCAUUGAUGUCCAUAAAGGAAAAAUUACUAUGGAGUUUAAUGGUGAGAUCAUUCAGUUCAACAUCUUUGAAGCAAUGAGGUACCCUAGCAAUAUUUCUCCAUUGUACCGGGUUGAUGUGAUUUAUCCAAUAAACGGGAUAAGCCCUAAUGUAUGCACACAUAAUAUUCUUAUGGAAGAUUAUUGCAAGCCUAAGAGAGAGGCUCAAAGAAGAUUAAAUCCUCCAAUAAUGGAAGUGGUCAAGAAGAAGAUAAUUAAAGGUUCAAAAGGCGCAAAGAGAAGAAAAAGGCAUUUCAUGACAAGCACAUAA